CUCAGCACCGUCUGCCGGAAAUACAACGUAGAAGAAGAAGAGCUAAUGGCUAAUGCUGCUCACUGACAGGGAAGUAGCAGAGCGUGUUGACUGAUAGCGUUGAGCAUACGAAACAAGAAGAAGCCCUUACUCGUCUUGAAAGCUUUCAGGCUUGGAUCCGAGGGCCUGUGCGAUUUGCCUUGAGCACAUCUUUACUCACGGCUGCAUCCCCGGUUCACAUUUUUUUAUUUUUGUCUAAAUUGAGGAAGUGGAGGCAGAAGGACAACAUUUUGGAUUGGAACUAAGAUUAGGAUAAGGACCACCUCCACAGCUAUUUGUGAAAGCAAGGAGUGAUCAAGUCUGCAGGUGCUCCCAUUCUGUGUCAGCAGUGCCACUCUCUCGACCACCAUGUCGGAUGGCCGGAUCUAUGUGGGGAAUCUCCCUGUGGAUGUCCAGGAGAGAGACAUUGAGGAUCUCUUCUACAAAUAUGGAAAAAUCCGUGAUAUCGAAUUGAAGAACAAUAGAGGCACUAUACCUUUUGCUUUCGUCAGAUUUGAAGAUCCACGGGAUGCUGAUGAUGCCGUCUAUGGAAGGAAUGGAUAUGGUUAUGGAGACUCCAAGCUACGUGUGGAGUACCCUCGAUCUUCUGGUGCUAAAUUUGGCCCUAUGGGAGGAGGUGGUGGUGGAGGUGAAAGAGGAGGAGGAGGAGGUGGAGGUGAAGGCGGAGGAGGAGGAGGAAGAGGAGGAGGAGGUGAAAGAGGAGGAGGAGGAGGACCUAGGGGAAGAUUUGGACCCCCAACUCGAAGAUCUGAAUUCCGGGUCAUAGUGACUGGGUUACCACCAACUGGGAGCUGGCAGGAUCUGAAGGAUCACAUGCGUGAGGCCGGAGACGUUUGUUUUGCAGAUGUGCAGCGUGAUGGAGAGGGCGUGGUGGAGUUUCUCCGUAGAGAGGACAUGGAGUACGCAUUGCGCAGACUGGAUCGGACCGAGUUCCGUUCACAUCAAGGCGAGACUGCGUACAUCCGCGUCUAUGAGGAGAGGGGCACCCCCUCCAACUGGAAUCGGUCGCGUUCCCGCUCCAGAUCCAGAGGUCGCUAUUCGCCCCCCUUUCCUAACAGAGGUUCUCCACCUGCACGCUACCAGUCGCCUCCACGCCAUACUAUGUCCCGCCAUAGUCCACCCCCCAGGAGGCACCCGCCACAGCACCAUAGCCCACCGCCACGUCAUUACCGGUAGAAAGGCUGCCAUUUAUAGAGGAAUUGGGGAAAAUGUUUUGUAAUUCUUCUUUUUUUUUUUUAACCCCAGGCCUCCUCGUAUGAUACAUCUUUAUUUCUUGCUACAUACAUUCCAUUGUCAUGAGCACCUAAACACCCUGCUUCUCCCCACAGCCUUAAAGAUUUUUUUCUUUGUUCUGUAAACGCCCUUAAUUGUUUUCUGGAAAUGGGAUUGUUGAUUUAGUUUUUAAGUUUUUUAUUUUCAUUUUUUCUUAGUGAUGUAAUUGUAUUUGAUUACAAUAUAACAUAUGGAGGUUUCUUUUAUAAAGAAAUCCUGGGUUGUGAUGUCAAACCUUGACAGGAAUGGCAAUGUUUAUUCUCCCAAAAAUUACACAAUUCUGCAGCUAUCAGGCUGAGGGUGCUUCUUAAAUUCUUGACAAGGUAUUCCUUAUUGUGUGUCGCUUUCUUGUAGCUUAAAGUAUGAAGUUUUUUGCCAAUCUAAGAACCUGUGAAGCUAAUCAAUAUCAUAGUCCGAUUCAAAUCAUAUAAAAUGAGUGAGCCUUUUAGAGUAGUUAUACAUGUUGACUGUGAGCCUAACUUGUCAGAUUAUUUUUCUUUUUUCUUUUUUUUUAAAUGUUUGAACCUCUGACUGAGGUGGCCUGUAGGUCUUCACUGUUGUUUAUUGUUUACCAAUAAAAUGCAAA